GAGGGGGUCCAAAGAUGCCCCGCGGUGCGCAGCGCGCGGCAUUCAGCGCGUGAGACACAAAGCGGAGGACGCUGAAAUCAGCUCGCGGACUCUGAUCUUUAACUUUCCCGCGGUUUGUUUGUUGACUUGUUUUGUCGGCAUGUGGGCGCGAGCGGUCUUGUGCGCGGCGCUACUGUCGGUUCUGUUUCCGGCCGGCUCGACGGAAGCCGAGAGGGACGAGAGAGAAGUGCAGGACUACCGCUACAACUCCAACAGACUGCUCGGAGCUCUGCAUGAAGUUCUGGAGAAGCUCCAGACGAAGAGGAUCAAUCCCUGGGAGAAGAAGUACGGGCAGGUUCCCUCUUGCGACCUCGGAGAGCACUGCGCCAUCAGGAAAGGAUCUCGCAUUGGGAAGAUGUGCGACUGUCCCAGAGGAGCUUUCUGCAACUUAUUUCUGCUGAAGUGCUUAUGAGCCAAAACACACCGCCAGAGUAUAUUUUAAAAAUGUAAAGUCUUCAGACUCUCUGUAAGGAGCUUUCAGUGUGGAAUCAAUGCAUUAAAGAUGUUUUUGCUUUAAA